CCGGCGGGGGGCGGGGCCUGCGGGCGGAUUAUGUCAGCCCCGCGGCAGCCGCAGCCCCGAGCUGGGAGCGGUGCGAGCAGGCCCCCGCUGCCGCCCGCCCCGGCCAUGGCUCUGCCCCGGGGGCUCGGCCUCCUCCUGCUGCUGGUGCUGGGGGGGCCCGGCGCCGCCAUCACCAUCCCCCCGGAGUUCCUGCAGCCCCCCGAGCUGACAGAGCAGCCCCCGGAGCAGCUCGUCGUCUUCCCCAGCGAUGACGUCGUCCUCAAAUGUGCCGCCACCGGCAACCCCCCGGUCCAGUACCGCUGGACACGGGAGGACGAGCCCUUCAUCCCCGAGGAGCACCCUGGGGUGACGGUGGCCCCGGGCGCGGGGACCCUGGUCAUCAACGCCAGCCUGGCUGGACGCCUGCAGGGCCGGUACCGCUGCUUCGCCGCCAACGCCCUGGGCACCGCGCUCUCCCUCGAGGCCCGCGUCAUCGCCGAGAACACGCCGCAGUGGCCCAAGGAGAAGGUGACGCCGGUGGAGGUGGAGGAGGGGGACCCCGUGGUGCUGCCCUGUGACCCCCCCAAGAGUGCCGUGCCCCCCAAGAUCUACUGGCUCAACAGCCGCAUCGUGCACAUUGCGCAGGACGCGCGGGUGAGCAUGGGGCAGGACGGAUUCCUCUACUUCGCCAACACGCUGGUGGGCGACAGCCACCCCGACUACAUCUGCCACGCACACUACCUGGGGCCCCGCACCAUCAUCCAGAAGGAGCCCCUCGACCUCCGCGUCGCCCCCAGUAACUCGGUGCAGUCUCGCCGACCCCGGCUCGUGGUACCCCAGGACCCGCAGCCCCCCCACGUUGCCCUGCGUGGGGGCACCCUCAUCCUCGAGUGCAUUGCCGAGGGGCUCCCCACGCCGGCGGUGCGGUGGCAGCGGCUGAACGGGCCCCUGCCGCGGGGCCGGGCCUCGCUGGAGAACUUCAACAAGACGCUGCGGCUGCGGGCGGUGGAGGAGGCGGACGACGGCGAGUACGAGUGCGUGGCCGAGAACAGCCAGGGCCAGGCGCGCCACAGCCACCUCGUCACUGUCGAGGCGGCCCCGUACUGGGUGCGACGCCCCCAGAGUGGGGUCUUCGGCCCCGGUGAGACGGCACGGCUGGACUGUGUGGUGGAGGGCAAGCCCCGGCCCCACGUCACCUGGCGCCUCAAUGGGGUCCCCAUCGAGGAGGUGCCGGGGGCCGGCCGGCGGGCGGUGCGGGACGGGGCGCUGGUGCUGUCCCGCCUGGAGCCCAACGACACGCUGGUGGCCCAGUGCGAGGCCCACAACCGCCACGGGCGCCUGUUGGCCAACGCCUUCGUCUACGUCGUGGAGCUGCCGGUGAAGAUCCUGACGCCGGAUGAGACCCCGUACGCGGUGGUGGAGAACCAGACAGUGUUCCUGCACUGCCGGGCCUUCGGGGCCCCUGCGCCCACCGUCGAGUGGCUGACGCCAGGGCUGGAGCCGGCCCUGCAGGACGACCGGGCCUUCGUCUUCACCAACGGGACCCUGCGGCUGGGCCCGGUGGCGCGGGGGGACGGGGGCCCCCUCAUCUGCCAGGCCCACAACGCCCACAGCAACGCCAGCGUCGUCGCCCACCUCGAUGUCAAAGCGGCGACGCGGAUCGAGGUGCCCCCCCAGAGCACGACGGCGAAGAAAGGGGAGACGGUGACCUUCCGCUGCGUGGCCGCCUUCGACCCCGGGCUGGCCCCCCGCGGCCUCGAGUGGCGCAGGGACGGGCAGCUGCUGCGUGAGACGGCCGACAGCGACAAGUACUCACUGACCGGGGACACGCUGACGGUGGCCGGGGUGGACUAUGCUGACCAGGGGACCUUCUCCUGCCGCGCCUGGACCCUCCUGGACGCCGUCGAGGCCGAGGCGCAGCUCCGCGUCGUGGGCCGGCCGGGCCCUGUGCGGGAGCUGCAGGUGCUGGAGGUGGGCGAGCGCCAGGUCCGGCUCACCUGGACCCCGGGCGACGAGCACAACAGCCCCGUGGAGAAGUUCGUGGUGGAGGAGGAGGAGGGCAUCUUCACACCCGGGCGCUUCGUGGAGCGGCUGACGGUGCCGGGGGAGCAGCCCUGGGCCCCCCUCACCCUCUCGCCCUACGGCCGCUACCGUUUCCGGGUGCUGGCGGCCAACGCCUACGGCCGGGGGGAGCCCAGCGCCCCCAGCGCCCCCAUCUCCACCCCCCCUGCCGCCCCCGAGCGCAACCCUGGGGGAGUCAAGGGUGAAGGCAACGAGACCAACAACCUGGUCAUCACCUGGCAGCCGCUGGCGCCGGGGGAGUGGAACGCGGCCGAGGUGCGGUACCGGGUGCAGUGGCGGGCGCUGGAGCCGGCGCUGGGCCGCUGGCGCGAGGAGACGGUGGGGGGCCCCCCCGUCGUGGUGGGGGGCACCCCCACCUUCAGCCCCUACGAGAUCCGCGUGCAGGCGGUCAAUGACGCCGGGAAGGGCCCCGAGCCCCCCGUCAUCGUCGGCUACUCGGGAGAGGACCUGCCACUGGUGUACCCCGAAAAUGUGGGGGUGGAGAUCCUGAACAGCACCAGCGUGCGGGUGCGCUGGAGCCUGGCGGGGACCCCCCGAGACCUGCGUGGGCACCUCCGGGGAUUUCGGGUGCUGUACUGGCGCGAGGGCUGGGUGGGGGAGCGGGUGCGCCGGCAGGCCCCCGCCGCCCCCCCCGGCGUGCACCCCGGGGUGCUGACGGUGCUCGGCGAGGCCAGCGGGGUGCUGCUGGGGGGGCUGCGCCCCUGGAGCCGCUACCGCCUCCAGGUCGUCGUCUUCAACGGGCGGGGGGACGGCCCCCCCAGCGACGAGAUCCGCUUCGACACCCCCGAGGGAGUGCCGGGCCCCCCCGAGGAGCUGCACGUGGAGCGCGUGGGUGAGACGACCCUGGCCCUGGAGUGGAAGCGCCCACGGCACCCCAACGGCGUCCUCACCGGCUUCCUGCUCCAGUACCACCAGGUGAACCAGACGGAGGGGGGGCUGCCCUACGAGAUCUCCUUCCCCGCCGGGACCCUCAACACCACCCUGGGGCGCCUGGCCCCCCGCGCCCGCUACCGCUUCGCCCUGCGCGCCCUGACCCGCCUGGGGCCCGGCCCGGCCCUGCUGCGCCAGGGCAGCCUGCUCCCCGAGCCCGUGCUGCCGGUGCUGGGGCGCGUGGUGGUGGGCGAGGUGGGGGAGGACUUCACCGUCCUGCACUGGACCCUCGCCCACCCCCAGGCCAACAUCGAGUUUGAGGUCCGGUACAUGAGCAAAACCGCGGCGAAGGAGCCCUGGCGCACCUCGGGGCACACCAACUCCUCGCUGGGGCUGUACCGCCUGGGGGACCUGCGCCCCGGCACCUCCUACCGCGUCCAGUUCGUGGGGCGCAACCACUCGGGCGAGCGCGUCGCCUUCUGGGAGAGCGAGGUGCAGACCAACGGCACCCUGGUGCCGAGCCCCGCGGGCGGCUUCGCCACCGAGGGCUGGUUCAUCGGCUUCGUCAGCGCCGUGGUGCUGCUGCUCCUCCUCCUCCUCAUCCUCUGCUUCAUCAAGCGCAGCAAGGGGGGCAAGUAUUCGGUGAAGGACAAGGAGGACACGCAGGUGGACUCGGAGGCCCGGCCCAUGAAGGACGAGACCUUCGGGGAGUACAGGUCCCUGGAGAGCGACGGCGAGGAGAAGGCCUCGGGGAGCUCGGGGCGGUCGCUGGGCGCGGCCGGGGCGGCGCUGGGCAGCGACGACAGCCUGGCGGGGUACGGCGGCAGCGCCGACGUGCAGUUCAACGAGGACGGCUCCUUCAUCGGGCAGUACAGCGGCGCCCGCGGCACCGCCGCCGGCAGCUCCGGCCCCGCCAGCCCCUCCGCCGCGCCCCCCCUCGACUAGCCGGGGACCCCCCACGGCCCUGGGGGUGCUCCCACUGAGCUGGGAACCCCCCCAGGGCACUGGGGGCGCCCCCACUCGGCUGGGGAACCCCCAUGGCACUGAGGGAGCCCCCACUCGGCUGGGGAACCCCCAUCACCCUGGGGGCACCCCCACUCGGCUGGGGACCCCCCCAUGGCACUGAGGGAGCCCCCACUCAGCUGGGAACCCCCACGGCACUGGGGGCACCCCCACUCGGCUGGGGAACCCCCCAUGGCACUGAGGGAGCCCCCCCGGUACUGGAGACCCCCCCCGGCACUGGGGGUGCUCCCACUGGGCUGGGGAACCCCCUGGCACUGAGGGAGCCCCCCCGGUACUGGGGACCCCCCCCCGGCACUGGGGGUGCUCCCACUGAGCUGGGGACCCCCCCCAUGGCACUGGCGACCCCCCAGCAAAGCGGGACACCCCAAGCGGAAGGGGGACCCCCAGACCCCCCCAAGCCAAGGGAGUCCCCCUCCCCACAUCCCAAUUAAGGGCCUCCCCAAAACUGCCAAAGGGGGGGAACCCUAAGUGCUCCCCCCCUCCCCCCCGUGCAAUGGGGGGGCGCUGGGGCUGCGGGGGGGGGCACCCCCAAAAUGCGCCUCGCAGCGGGGGGGGGGAGGGGACCCCCGUUGGACUUAGCCAAAAAACGAAGGCCCCCCCAGGCCAGCCCCGGCUGUCGGGGGGCCCGGACGCCUGGGUUCUCUUUAGACCAAAUUGGGGGGGGGGGGGGGGGGAUUUGGCCCCCCCCGAUUCCAGCCCCCCCCCCCUCCACUAACUCUUCAGGGGCCCCCCGACUCCUCGGGGUUUGGGGGGGCCCCGACGCCCCCCCCCCAUCUCUGAAUGCAUCUCACGGCGCGGCCUUGGCAACUCUCACACGAGCCGACGGGCCCCCCCCGCCCCCGGGGGGCUCUG